UUUAAUUUUUCUAAUUAUUUUUCUUUUAAGUUAUUUAAAUCUGAUGGGUAUUGAGCAUAGUGUAGUUCGGGAAAGGCGGCCACGCUCCAAAAAUGAGGAGAAUGAUGUGUUGAUUAUUCAAAGGUCUGAUUUGGAUUUGCCUGAGGCUUACAGAACUGUUGAAUUACAAAAAUUUGCCAAAUUGGAGGAAGAAAAUUCAAAACUUUUACAAAAAUUGAAGGAAAAAGAAGAAAAUAAACAAAAAUUUGGUGAUUCUUCUAUUAAAAUUCCUUCUUCAAUUUUAAAUAAAGAAAAUCAACUUUCUUUGUCUACUGAAGAAAUAAUUGAUAAAAAUCAAAAAAAAUUUGAUGAAAUGGCAACGAGAGUAGAGAAGGUUUUUUUGAGUAAACAAUAUACAAAUGCUUGUUCUGACAUUGAAAAGUCCAUAACCGAUUGUUUGGCCGUUAAUCCACAACGCGUACUUCUUUGCCAGCAUUUUCUUGACAUUUACAAAGAUUGUAUUGCACAACACAGAUCUAAACUUCUUCAAGACCAAUUUCCUCAAGAAAAAUAA